UGACUUGGCUGAAAGCCCAAAACAGACACGACUUUGAGUUGACGACAUCCUUCGCACAUCAAAUCAGAAGCCUGAAGUGAUCAAACGUCUCAUAUGUCAACCGGAGACGAGGCACCACGCAGCGGAGCGUCUUCCUCAAAGUAGCCGCCGAGCGAGCUCGUUUUCCGGCGAGAGGCUUUAGGUGUCCCCGCUAAGGAUUCUAGCCACCAACAUCGGCUGCAGCGACGUGCAGUGUGAAGACACACAUGGAUGGGAAGAGGCCGAAGGAUGCUGCCAGCUUUCAAAACCCCCAAUAGUUGGUUCCCAAGCAACCCCAACACACCCCAAGAGGACGAUGAGACCAUGAGCGCCGAGCAGCGAGAAGCGAUGGCCGCUCCCAAACUGAACUCGCUCCCCUUUUACGACCGGGCCGCCUCUGGCGCUUCUUCUAGUCCGGAGCCGUACCGGGACCCCGAACCGGAGUGUUCCUUCCUCACCUGCCCUCCCACGCCGUUCCCCAGCAUGGCGGACGGUAGCUGGGCACGACCGAGCCUCUCCGGCGACUGGUCCGGAUACCCCAGCAGCGCCGCUUCAUCUGGUCAUGAAGAACCUUGCAGCUGCUGCGUUGGCUCCCAAUCGGAACAUGACUUGAGCUUGGAGCAACCGUGCUCGCUCCGGUCCGAGCCGGCUUGCCGCCACCUUUACGUGUGCUCACCCCCGGGGGCAACCUGCUAUACGCGCUGUCCCUCUGACACCAAACCGCCGUGGCUUCAGAACCAAGCCCCGCAAUGCUGUGAUUGCAGACCUCCUUGGGACCGAUUCACUCCUUCUGGCCGCAGCGUACCCCCUGUUGAGAAGCUGUCGACACCUAGCAUUUCCUUGUCCCUGGAGCAAAGGCGAGUGUUCGUCACAUAUGAAGCGGAUGAUGACGCUCACGUGAAUGAAAUCAUCAAGUUUGUGGCGCUGCUGCGACACAACGGCUUCGACACGCAUAUCGACAUCUUCGAGCAGCAGUUCCGCAGCAUCAGCAAGAUCGACUUCAUGGAGCGCUACCUCAGUGAGAAGGAAUACCUGAUCAUCAUCAUCAUCAGCCCCAAAUACCACGAGACGGUCACCGCCUCGCACGUCAGUCCCGAAAACGACGAGAGAACCUGCAAUACCGUCUACAUCCACAAACAGCUCCAGAACGAGUUCAUACAGAAUGGAAGCAAGAAUUUCCGAUUUAUUCCCAUUCUGUUCCCCGGUGCUAAAAAGUGUCAUGUUCCCAACUGGCUACUUAACACGCACGUGUACUGUUGGCCGCGCGACCGCGACGACAUCCUGCGACGGCUGAUGAGGGUGGAGAAGUACAACCCGCCGCCCAUCGGAGAACUGCCCACGAUCGUGUCCAUCCCCAUAUAGGCUUCGUCAAUUCCAGGUGCCCUCUGAGAUACUUCCGGGUGGCGCGGACAUUUUCUUUUGACACUAAACAUGUUUGAAUCUGAACAUUUGAGCCGUUGACUUUGCUGGCUUACUUUUGGUCAAAAGAUAUACAAGACAAAAAGUUUGUUUCCGAGUUUUUGCCACCCGGAAGUACGUGUGACGUCAGGAGGAAAAGUUCUGCAGGGUUUCCUGAGGACAUCUCAAUGGAGAGGGGUGUAUAGCUAGCGGAAGCUAGUUAGUUGGUUAACAAAGCACAAGAACUUAGCGGAAGCUAGCUCGUUGUCAAAUGAUUUUUUUAAGCACAAUAACUUAGCAGACGCUACUUGCCCAAUGAUAUUUAAGUACAAAAACUUAUAGGAAGCUAGCAAAAAUGCUAGGUAGUUGACCAAUGAUUUUAAUCGGCUAAUGAUUUUCAAGCAUAAGAAUUUAGCGGAUGCUAGCGGAAGCAUGCUAGUUGGCCAGUCAUGAUUUAUACUGCCUUCAUAUGCUGAUAAUGAUCCUUUCCACUUGCUAAUUGGUAAUUACGAGUAAGUCCUGUUCAUUGCUGUUGUUGUAGCAAAAAAUCAAAAACAAAAAAAACCACAACAAAUUGUUUUCAUUUACUAUAACAAGAAGCGAAUGCACAGAAAUGCAAACGGUAAGUUUUUGUAUGUAAAUGAACAUUUAAGCAAACACUGGAUUAAAAAAAUAAGUUUUGUAAAUUGAUAUGGUCUGUUAUUAUGCUGGUCUAAAAAAAAAUGUUUUUGAUUUUUUUAAUUAGGCCUUUGCAAAUAAUUUUUAGAUGAUCGGAAUAGGGUGCAAGAGGUUUUUAAGAUUUUUUUUUUUUUUUAAAUUAAGGGCUACAAAGCUAAAAAAUGUACAAAGGUAUUAAAAGAAACAAGAAAAUGUAUGUUUUCUACUACGUAAAAUUUUUAGAAGAUUAGAAUCAGGUGGGGAAAAAAAUUGUGUUUCAAAGAUUAUUCCUUAAUGGAUACAAAUAUAGUGUCAAAAGAAACAAAAAAACCAAACAAACUAUGUAUUAAUAAAUUAAUACAUUGCCGAGGAACCGGAUCGGUACUCAGUAUCGGCAGCUCCUCAAAAUCGGGUGUCUCGGG